AACCACGGUUAGUUUGUCAUCGACUGUUCAUCAUGUCCAAAGACUCCGUCAACUUUAACCUUCUCCACCAGACCUGUAAGCUGGUGGUGCUGCUGUGUCUGCUCCCCAUCUCUGUCACUCUGGUCUUUUACAUCUGUUCAUUGGACAUCACCUCUUUGUUCGACCAAAACCUGCAGUCGGGCUAUGCUGUCACACCGCCGAACUAUGGCAGACCCAAACCUGAAGCCGGGAUGAAGGAGCCCGCGAUUGUUGAGCCAGAGCCGCAGAUUAAAGACGAACAGAAGUCCAUGGAACCGGAGGCGCAGCCGCCCGCGAAGGCACUGGAAAAAUGCCCAGAAACAUCACCUCUGCUCGUGGGUCCUCUGCGGGUGGAGUUCAACACUUUGGUGAAUCUGGAGCAGAUAAAAAGCGAGAACCCCAAUCUGGAGUAUGGUGGACGCUUCAGACCCAAAGAUUGUGAGGCGCUGCAGAAAGUCGCUAUCAUCAUUCCCUUUCGCAAUCGAGACGAGCACUUAAAGUACUGGCUGUACUACAUGCACCCCAUCCUGCAGAGGCAGCAGCUGGACUAUGGAGUCUACGUCAUCAACCAGGAUGGAGACCAGCUCUUCAACCGAGCCAAGCUGCUCAACAUCGGCUUCACAGAGUCUCUGAGGGAGUACGACUACGACUGUUUCGUCUUCAGCGACGUCGACCUGAUCCCCAUUGACGACCGCAACACCUACAAGUGCUUCAGCCAGCCCCGGCACCUGUCUGGGUACCUGGACAAGUUUGGCUUCAGGUUACUUCAUAAUUGGUUAUUUGGCGGAAUUUCUUCCCUGAGUAAAGAACAGUACUUGAAGAUUAAUGGCUUCCCCAACAACUACUGGGGCUGGGGUGGAGAGGACGACGAUAUUGCCAACAGGGUGGCGUCCAAAGGCAUGUCCAUCUCCAGACCCAGUAAGGAGGUGGGAAAGUGUCGAAUGAUCAAACACAGCUCAGACAAACAGAACGAACCUAACCCUCAGAGGUUCCACCAGGUCACCCAGACCAAAGAGACGAUGGACAAAGACGGGAUCAACUCUCUGUCCUAUAGAGUGGUGAAGGUAGACAAGUUUGACCUGUUCACGAAAAUAACAGUGGACGUGGGUAAACCGUGACGGCCACCGGGCCAGAGACAAACACAGUUGCAACCUUUGACACUUGAAUCUCUCUGCUCUGGUCCAGACGAUUGGACUCGAUGGACUCUGCUGUUGUUUUACAGACUGAAGGUUUGUGUUGUAUGUUUUCUCCUCGGGAACGUGAGAACUCCCCUCUGAUUGGAUGCUGCAACCAGUCAGCUGCCUCCACCUGAUGGGAGCUAAAAUAAUUCACAAAAUCUCACUGAGCUCUCAAACAUGUCUCCUGGACUUCCUCAGCUCUGAACAGUGGGUCUUGUCCAGCAGCGUCGUGUUUGUGUACAGCUCAGGUGUCCGUGAUCCUGCAUCUUCACGAUGAACAGAACACAACCAGGACCAGCUCUAAACCCGUGUGUGUGUCUAUAGUUGUUUUUGCUGAAUUGGGGUGUUUUCUAGGCUUGUCUUAGAACCAAAGUAAGUCCCGAGUCUAAUAGGUUCAGAGCUCUUGCUAUUAUUGAUAAAUUGUGUAUUUUCUUGUCAGCUUUUGGCACCAAAGACUUUAAUUAAACAUUUCAUUGUGGGAG